AUGACCGUAGUCUCCAAUGAUCCCACUUGGUGGCCAGCCAUCAGUGCGUAUAAUUUUUCCAGCUAUUUUGCAGUUGCCGCCUUCGUUGGAGUAACAUAUGAUUGGGCACUUACAUUUGGACAAGAGGUCGAAUUGGUCUGGAGACAACGCUGGUCGCUCAUGACAGUGCUGUAUCUCAGUGUGCGCUACCUUGGAAUCCUAUCUGCUGCUCUGUUCAUGGUUGGCAAUGUUCCGACCAUCUCGCUGACGGAUACAGCUGGAUGGCAUACACUGUAUUCAGUUUGGAUGGGUGUUGUGGCAUUUGCGAUGCUGUGGGUCAUCAUCAUCACUCGGUUGCAUGCCAUGUAUCAACGAGACAGAAAGAUCCUGAUAUUUCUCGUUGUCACCUUCCUGGCGAUCAACAUUUUUGAUGUAGUGACAACCUUAAUGUCAACGAUCCAUAUUUCAGUAGAGGAACUCAUUCUCUCCGGCACCUACCAGUGCAGGAUUGGCUAUGCAGGAGAUACCCUAGUUCUGGGUUCUGUUGCUUGGAUAUUCACCAUUGUGUGGGAGGUCCUCAGCACUAUGUCUCGCAGAGGGAUUAUCGGGGACUGUUUUACAAUGUUGAUGAAAACUCAUGUGCUUUACUUUGUGAGCUUUGUUACUGUUUCUUGCUUCGAGCUCAUCCUUUGUUUCUCUCCAACGGACCAAAAUGUCGUAGAAAGUGACACUUUUUAUGGCUUGCUUCAGAUUUUCUCAGUGGUGCAGAUGUUUGUGCUGGGACCACGGCUGAUCCUUGGCGUUCGAGAAUAUAAUGCUAAACUAGUGGCUAACUCCGACGCAGCAUCUCGCAUGACCUCAAUCGCUUUCCAAGAGCUGCUUGCAGGGAGCACGGGAAAUUAG